AUGUUACAUCGUGGUAUAAGAACCAAGCACAUUGAUUUCGGUUUCGAAGGGAAAGCACCGGGUUUGCUACUUGUUCCGCGGUGGCUCUACAAGACUGCAACGGCCUGUCUACACACUCUGAAUAUGGCCAGUUUUCCCGCACAUAUGAUACUUGGCAUUGCGGAAGCGGCAAAUUGGGGCACAGAUGGUAAACUCUACAUGACAAACACGGGUUGA